GCCGGGAGGGACGCCCGCCCUGAGCCCGAGUUCACCCCGCCGCCGGGAGACCGGAGAGGCCUGCGCGGAGGCCGCACCAAUGUGGGUCCCGAAAGCGGGGCAGGCCGGGUGAGACGGUUUAAGCGGAAGCAUCUUACGGCCAUCGACUGCCAACAUUUGGCGCGGAGUCACUUGGCUGUGACCCAGCCCUUCGGUCAAAGAUGGACAAACAGAGACCCCAACCACGGUCUCUAUCCUAGACCCAGAGCAAAGCGAGGGACUCGGGGUCGAGGAUGCCCAGGAUACAGCCCUGAGUUCUUCGUGUCCGGCCGGCAGCAGUGCACCAAUGUCAUGGCCAAGAGCAGUUCUGGGGGCCAGGACAGCGCCAAGGACUCGGGGGACGAGAUGAUCUUUGCCGCCGAGAGCACGUGCGCCCUGCCUCCGGAGGGGGACGGGGAGGCAAGGCUGGGCCCGCCGGGGGCGGCGCUGCCUGCCAGGAAGCGGUCUCGGGCCUUCGAGGACGAGGACGAGCGGCAGCCCGCCACGGGCCCCCGGCGGUGGGCCGGGGCUUCUAAGAAGACGCCGCGGCACCCCUUGUCCCCGUCGUGCCCCAGGCCCGGGGAGGCCCGGUGGGAAGCCGAGGGGCCGGUGUCGCGGCCUGGGGAGUCCCGCGGAGGAGACCCGGAGGACGAUGGGCCCGACCCCGACCCCGACCCGCACUACGGGCUCCUCGGGAGCCUGCCGGGCCAGGAGCCCCAGAGCCGCAUCUGCAGCCUGCCCAGCGAGGUGCUCAGGCACAUCUUUGCCUUCCUCCCCGUGGAGGACCUCUACUGGAACCUGAGCUUGGUGUGCCACCUCUGGAGGGAGAUCAUCAGUGACCCGCUGUUCAUUCCUUGGAAGAAGCUCUAUCACCGCUACCUGCUGAACGAAGAGCAAGCUGUCAGCAAAGUGGACGGCAUCCUGGCGAGCUACGGCAUAGAGAAGGAGUCGGACCUGUGCGUCUUGAACCUCAUCCGCUACACAGCCACCACCAAGUGCUCCCCGAGUGUGGACCCUGCACGGGCGUUGUGGAGCCUGAGGGAUCACCUCCUCCUCCCCGAGGCAGAGGCCUGCGUGCGCCAGCACCUCCCGGACCUCUACGCGGCCCCGGCGGGCGUCAACGUGUGGGCCUUGGUGGCGGCCAUCGUCCUCCUGUCCAGCAGCGUGAAGGACAUCCAGCAGCUGCUCUUCUGCCUGCGGCGGCCCAGCUCCACCGUGACGGUGCCGGAGCUCACGGAGACCCUGUACUGCAUGGCCGUGCUGCUCUAUGCCAUGCGCGAGAAGGGCAUCAGCAUCAGCAACCGGAUUCACUACAACAUUUUCUAUUGCCUGUAUCUUCAGGAGAAUUCCUGUGCUCGGGCCACAGAAGUCAAGGAGGAGCCCUCGGUUUGGCCGGGCAAGAAAACAACCAUCCAGCUUACACAUGAGCAACAGCUGAUUCUGAGCCAUAAGAUGGAGCCUCUCCAGGUGGUAAAGAUUAUGGCAUUUGCAGGCACCGGGAAGACCUCGACCCUGGUCAAGUACGCGGAGAAGUGGUCGGAGAGCAGGUUUCUGUACGUGACCUUCAACAAGAGCAUCGCCAAGCAGGCCGAGCUCGUCUUCCCCAGCAACGUCACCUGCAAGACCUUCCACUCCAUGGCCUACGGGCACGUCGGGCGCAAGUACCAGCUGAAGAAGAAGUUGAAUCUCUUCAAGCUAACACCCUUCAUGGUCAGCUCGGUGCUGGCGGAGGGGAAGGGUGGCUUCAUAAGGGCCAAGCUGGUGUGUAAGACGCUGGAGAACUUCUUCGCCUCGGCCGACGAGGAGCUCACGAUCGAUCACGUGCCCAUCUGGUGUAAGAACAGCCAAGGACAGAGGGUCAUGGUGGAGCAGAGCGAGAAGCUGAACGGUGUCCUGGAAGCCAGCCGGCUCUGGGACAACAUGCGCAAGCUGGGCGAGUGCAAGGAAGAGGCUUACCAGAUGACCCACGACGGCUACCUGAAACUCUGGCAGCUCAGCAAGCCGCUGCUGGCCUCCUUCGAUGCCAUCUUUGUGGACGAGGCCCAGGACUGCACCCCGGCCAUCAUGAACAUCGUGCUGUCCCAGCCGUGUGGCAAGAUCUUCGUGGGCGACCCCCACCAGCAGAUCUACACCUUCCGCGGCGCCGUCAACGCCCUCUUCACCGUCCCUCACACGCACGUCUUCUAUCUCACGCAGAGCUUCCGAUUUGGCGUGGAAAUAGCCUACGUGGGAGCUACGAUCUUGGACGUCUGCAAGAGAGUGAGGAAGAAGACUUUGGUCGGAGGAAACCACCAGAGUGGCAUCAGAGGUGAUGCCAAGGGGCAGGUGGCCCUGCUGUCCCGGACCAACGCCAACGUGUUUGAUGAAGCCGUCAGGGUGACAGAAGGGGAGGUGCCAGCUCGGAUCCACCUGAUCGGGGGGAUCAAAUCAUUUGGAUUGGACAGAAUCGUUGACAUCUGGACCCUCCUUCAGCCGGAGGAAGAACGCAGGAAAAAAAACCUCGUCAUCAAGGACAAGUUCAUCCGAAGGUGGGCGCACAGAGAGGGCUUCAGCGGCUUCAAGCGGUACGUGACGGCGGCCGAGGACAAGGAGCUGGAGGCGAAGAUCGCGGUGGUGGAGAAGUACAACAUCAGGAUUCCGGAGUUGGUGCAGCGGAUAGAGAGGUGCCACAUCGAAGACCUGGACUUUGCCGAGUACAUCCUGGGCACGGUGCACAAGGCCAAGGGCCUGGAGUUCGACACUGUGCAUGUCCUGGACGAUUUUGUCAAAGUGCCUUGUGCCAGGCACAACCUCGCACAGCUGCCCCACUUCAGAGUCGAGUCCUUUUCUGAGGACGAGUGGAAUUUACUGUACGUGGCGGUGACCCGUGCCAGGAAGCGGCUCAUCAUGACCAAGUCCUUGGAGAACAUUUUGACUCUGGCUGGGGAGUACUUCCUGCAAGCAGAGCUGACGAGCGACGUGCUAAAGACGGGAGUGGUGCGCUGCUGCGUGGGCCAGUGCAGCAACGCCAUCCCCGUGGACACCGUGCUUACCAUGCGCAAGCUGCCCAUCACCUACAGCAGCAGGAAGGAGAACAAGGGCGGGCACCUGUGCCACUCGUGCGCGGAGCAGCGCAUCGGGCCGCUGGCCUUCCUGACCGCCUCCCCCGAGCAGGUGCGCGCCAUGGACCGCACGGUGGAGAACAUAGUGCUGCCGCGGCACGAGGCCCUGCUCUUCCUCGUCUUCUGAGGCCGCGGGGACACUGGGCGGACGCCUGCCCCUGCGGAUGGCAUGGGGGUGUCCGUCCCGAGUCCAGACUCACGGAGCAUUUUCCCAGGAAGAAGAAGCCGACCAGAGCUGGACCUGCCGGGUCUCUGCCCCCGGAGGUGGCCAGACCCACUGCCCCUCCUCCACACACGGCAGGCCUGGGGGGUCGGGGGUGUUCUUUUGAUAAAAAACAUUUUAUGUAUUUAAACUUUUAUUACGAGGUUUCAAUUAAACAGGCAUUGUAGCACUGGCCUCCACGUGUGGCGCCCCUGCCUUUGGCCCCGCUGUCCCCGGACGUUCUCCACCCCCCCACCCCACCCCCCUUCAUCUCUUCCACGGCUCUGUGACUUUCCUGUGGCACACCCACGUGAGCAGGCGGCUUAACGUUCGGGGUGAUUGAUAGCUGAUGCAUCAAAAGGGACUCAGAGUUCCCGGCGUGACUCAGCCAUAACGAACCUGACUAGGAUCCAUGAGGAUGCAGGUUCGAUCCCUGGCCUCGCUUAGUUUGUAAAGGAUCCGGCAUUGCCGUGAGCUGUGGUGUAGGUCACAGAUGUGUCUCGGAUUUGGCAUUGCUGUGGCUGUGGUGUAGGCUGGAGGCUGUAGCUCCAAUUCGACCCCUCGCCUGGAAACCUCCAUAUGCCACACCUGUGGCCCUAAAAAGCAAAAAAAAAGAAACUCUUGGAGUUACCCUUGUGGCUCAGUGCAUUAAGAACCUAACAGUAUCCACGAGGAUGUGGUUUGACCCCUGGUAUUGCUCAGUGAGUUAAGGAUCUGGUGUUGCUGCGGUGUAGGUCGCAUAUGUGGCUCGGAUCUGGCAUUGCUGUGGCUGUGUCUUAGGCUGCUUUGACCGACCCCUAGCCUGGGAACUUGUGUAUGCCACGGGUGCAGCCCUAAAAAGAAAAAACAGACUUUUCAUGCUGGGGGAAGUCACACAGGUAUAAGACAUAGUGGGUGUUCCAUCCUCACGGGCUCUCGGCCUGAACAGGGAAGCAACGGAACACCUAGGAAACAAGAGCAGAAGACACUAGCCAGACGUCGCAUGUUCCCAGCAGUGGAUCUGAAGGUCACGCCGACCCUGGGGGGUGCGCUAUGGGGGGUUGCCGAGUGGACAUAGUGCAGUUGUGGUCCUGGAGGCCAGCAGGAGAGACAUGUCGCUUGGACGUGCUUGGAUCUGGUUUUCAUGCUUUGCCGCGCAGCACACAGGGUGCAGAUGGCCGGUGGGGGAGCUGGCUCAGCAUCGCCGCUCACCGGCUUGAGGGUCUGAGCCCAGCCAACAGAGUGCAGGGCAGCCCCCCACCCUCUCCAGCAUCAGCCUCUAGGGGGCCUUAGCGUGCAGGAAAGCAAGGGCGUCUUAACGCCUGCAUAUUGCGGGGGGCGCAGAACGGGGCCUGGGGGGCCAUGUCAUCCGCCCGUAUUCCUGGCCUGGCCUCCUUUGGUGUUUUGGCUAACGCGGAACAAGACAGCAGGUGAAACGGAAUGAGAUGGAUUUGGAUGGGUCAGUGUUGAGUGUCAUUCGGAAGGGGGGGGUGUGACAGGAGGGGCCCAUGACCGUGUUUUCUGGCAAUCUGGCUUUACCAACCAGAGGAAGCACCUUACUUCCCUAGGGCAAGUCGUGACCCCUGGCCUUGACCGAGCGCCUGCCGUGGGGCAGAGCCUGGUCCUGGGCGUCUGGGCUGAAAUGUGGUCUGACCAGGGAGACCCCAUAAGAACUGUGAGGCAGCGUGGGCUGCUGGGAGUGUGGGGUGAAGGGCAUCUUGGGGGAGCUCUAGGGCUGGAGAGGCGUCUCCAUCUGGGGAGAGGGGCCAGAGCUGGAGCUGGGUUUGACCAUGGGUGAGUUGUUAGCAAGCUAUUAAGGAAGGAAAGAAUAUUUUAGAAAGAAAGGAACAGGAGUUCCCAUUGUAGCUCAGUGGGUUAAGAACCCAUCUCGAAUGCGGGUUCCAUCCCUGGUCCCACUCAGUGGGUUAAGGAUCCGGCGUUGCCAUGGGCUGUGGUGUAGCUCACAUAUGCGGCUCAGAUCCCUAUGUUGCUGUGGCUGUGGUGUAGGCUGGCAGCUACAGCUCCAAUUUGACCCCUAGCCUGGGACCCUCCAUAUGCCGCGGGGGUUGCCCUAGAAAGAAAAUUUAAAAAGGAAGGAACAACAUGAAGAACAAAAGAGGUGUUUGCGGUAAAGGCUCUACCAGAACAAAAUGUCAGCACUGGUAUCUUGGUAUCAUUUUAAAAAGUAACAAUCUAGGAAAUGGUACUUUUUACUUUGUAAUUGUGAAGAAUUUCUAAAAAAACCAGUAAAACCAAAUAGCUGGUGUGUUUCAAAUGGGAAAAUAAUUUUUAAAUACGCAGUGAAAAUAGAAAUGUUAUUUAUUUUAAAGGGAAAUCAGUAAUCAGGAUAUUAACAUAGAAAUUCCUAUAUAAAAUUUCUGCUUUUGUUAAAGAUGCUUAUAAGGUUAACUAUAUUCUAUUUAUUUUUAUUAAAAUUUUUAUUGAAGUGUGGUUGAUUCGUACUGACACGUUAGUUUCAGAUGUACAGCCUAAUGAUUUGAUAUUUUUAUAGAUGAUAUUCCAUUUAAAGUUAUUAAAAAAUAAUGGUCCUAAUUCCCUGUGCUGUACAGUAUCUCCUUGUUGCUUAUCUAUUUCAUACGUAGUCGUUUGUGUCUCCUAACCCCCUGCCCCAUCCGGAAGUGUUCAGCAUCCAUUGUCACCUUCAGACAAGUGAUGUGAUGGCAAGAACGAAAGCACGCUUCAUAAAUGCAAACUAAUGAGAAUGAAAAUCUUUUAGAUCUUUUAUAUAAAAAAGGUAUAGUCUUUCAAA